GCCUCUGUGCUGCCGCGCUGAUCUUCUGCCACAUUGUGUUCCAUAGAGGAGAUAGCACCAUGACCAAGGAAUAUUCCAUCCCCUCCGCAAAGGGUAAUGUUGGCUCAGAAUCGGUCCGUGUUGCGGAGGCAGCUCUCAAAAAUGUCACCUCAGCGAUAAAGAGAAGCAAAUCUACAAGGGCAACAGCAAGUCAUGACAAAUGUUUUCAGACGUGCAAAGAAAUGACUUUACUAGUACGAGAUCAAAAAUUCAACAUGUGCAGGAAUCUGCAACACUCUCUUAUUUCUUAUGCAAGAAGUACAAAGAAUAUGUUGAAGAACAUGAUGGAGGAUCACCAAAAAUCUCUGGAUUUCCUCUCAAAUCAGGUGCGUGAACUAACCAAUAAGGUUCUUCUUUUGAAUGCAGAAGUCUUGAAAAAACACUCAGAUCCUUUUCUUAAUAGACCCAUUCAGACACACGGAUUCGAUUGCACUGAUAUUAAGGAAAAUUUUGGAACAAAUUCAAAAACUCCAAGUGGGAUAUACAUCAUCCAGCCAGAAGGAACUCACUUCCCUUUUGAGGCUUUCUGUGACAUGGAUUACAGAGGAGGAGGUUGGACCGUUCUUCAGAAGAGAAUUGAUGGAAUUGUUGACUUCCAGAGAACUUGGCUGGACUACAUGGAUGGAUUUGGAGAACUUUCAGGUGAGUUCUGGCUAGGUUUGAAGAAAACGUUCUGCAUUCUCAAUCAGAAGAACACCAGCUUUAUGCUGAAUAUAGCCUUAGAGGCAGAGGAUGGCUCUUCAGCCUAUGCAACUUAUGAUAGCUUUUGGAUUGAAGAUGAGAAGACGGCAUUUAUAAUGCAUGUCGGACGCUACUUUGGAACUGCAGGUGAUGCUAUAAGGGGAAACCGGAAAGAGGACAACCAAAAUGCUGCCCCCUUCAGUACAUAUGAUGUGGACAAUGAUAACUGUUAUCCUUCCUGCUUCGUCAAUGGCACCAAAGUGGCCAGCUGCAGCCAGCACAAGAGCAGGAGCGGCUGGUGGUUCAGCCAGUGUGGUUUAGCCAACCUGAACGGUGUUCACCGAGUAACUAGAGGCGUGGACAUAUCGGGGAUCCAGUGGGACACGUGGAUAGAGAACAAUGCGACUAUUAAGAUUAAAUCAGCUUCAAUGAAAAUUAAGAGAACUCACUACCCGUUUUAUAAAUGAAAAAUGAUUAGCAUCAUUAGUUUUUAGCGUAUUUAAAACCUAUAUUAUAUGUCGCUGUGCUUAUUUCUCUUCUUACAGUCCCCAUUUUCCCCCUUAGAGUUUACAAUAGGAUCUAUGUGUUCGUGUUGCCUAGCCUCACAAGAAGUUCCAUCUGAUACACAAGAGUCCUCCUCUAUAUGCUGCACAGGGUUGUAUUUGGCCCAUCACACUCACAGGCCAGGAAGAAUGAGAAGAUUAUGGAUAGAAAGGCUAAAAUGUGACUUAAAGGGGUUUUCCCAUUAAGUGGGGCCACAGUGAUUAGUGAGUUAACAAGAAACAUUUUUGUAAUAAAAGCGGUUUUCAUUUUUUUUAGCGUUAUGAACUUAUUUGUCUCUCCACGAGCCUCAUUUGGUUACAAAUCCUGUUGCCUUUGGUCUCUGUCCGUAAUGUCUCCCUCUGUGGAUCCUGAGGACUGAGCAUGUGCAAUAGAAAAGCAGGUUGGCGGGGUCUUGUCACAUGAGGGCAUGGAUGAUAGGGAGGGAGAUUCUAUGCCUUCCUACAACUUUGUAAUUUGGGCUCACUUGGUAAUUUAACCCUAAGUGGGAUUGACUAAUACUGCUUUACCCCAGCCUAGCUAUCCUCUGGGUUUUGCUUUGCCCCUUUAGAUUACCCUCCCAUCUUUCGGAUUGUCCCUUCCUUCUUGUCUUCCCUUUUGUUUCUGACUUUACCUUUUCUUUACUAUUGUCCCCAAGGGUUUACGUAGUGGGCCCACAAUCAGCAUUUUCUGCUCUGUGGCAAAAACCUGUUCAUUCUCUUUCCUCAUCUUCUCCAUUCGACCCAGACCACCAUAAUUACUUCUUUCAGCCACAUUUAAUCUCUGCUGAGUUUGCUACACAGACUUCUUAGAUUCCUUAUCUUGGACAGGGCUUGGGGGGGGGAAGAAACAAGCACCACAUCCUUCUGCCUUGGGGUGCACAACCUGGCGCCAUUAUGGGAGCACCAAUUUUGAUCUCUGCUUUGGGUUCCUGAUAUAUAUAUCAGUGUGUGUGUCCAUCCCACCCCCCCCCCCCUUUGUUUUUGUGUCUUAUGUCCUCCUCUACUGUUUCGUACAUUCUGAUUAAUGACACCUAUGCUUGGGGGUUCUUCAACUUGCUAGUCAAUGUACUUUAAACCGCUGUGGGGCCCUAUGCCUCUAUUGGAUUGUAAUGCUUUUAAUCAAGUUCUGUGCUUUGCCUAAUACUUUUCUCAAUGCAAUCUAAUUGAAGGUGAAAUAAUAUAUGUAUUAAAUUUAAUGCACUUCUGCAUUGCGGGGAAAAAAAUUCCAAUGUUUUAUGAUCUUAGUUUUAUUCGUCUGACAUUCCCUUAAUGAAA